CCAUCACCAGUAAUUUGUGAAUGCUAUCUUGAUACAUCUUGCGUAAUGAACAACAGAGAUACAGAACGUAGAUAUUUAUACCGUGACCGUAGUCCAAGCGAUGAAGAUGUAUCUCAUGAUCUUUUAGACUCCUUAGACUCAGACACUGAGAGUUUGGUGCAGGACAAAACUCACCACAGAGAGCUUCAGAUGCGCAUACUGAACGGUGUUGGUGAAAGCAGUUCCUCUUAUGAUGACAACAUCGAGAGAUCGAAGCAUGAAGACGACUUUGCCUUUGACCCAAAACCUGCUAUCACUGAAACAUUUGGAGACCAAAACAUCAACUAUUCAAGACAGAUGUCUCCUUUGGAUGAAUAUGCUGACUUGCGCUAUGAUCCAGACUGGAGAAAGAAGCUGCCAAGGUCUGAGUUUCUGCAGACGGACUUCUUGUUUAACACCAAUGAGGAUCCUGCAGUCACUCUGAGACACACAGAACAUGUGUCUCCAAGGGAAAGGCAUGAAUAUGUAAUAGUUCAUAGUCCUGUUUCAUCUGAAAUAGACACUGUUCACAACAGACUUCCACAGUCCUCCUUUCACCUACAUCCAGUACCCCAAAACACAUCUGUGUCCUUAGGAACCAUUCCGUGUUCAAAUUCAGAUAAACCCAUGAAUGUUAAGCACAGAAUUAAUAAUCAGCAAGGUGAGACUGGAAUUCUACCAUUUUCUUCUCCACAUGAGAGGCAGAAUGAUGGCAAGGAGCAAAGCAUUGCUCAGGAACAAAACAGAAACAACCUUAACGCAGUAGCUGUGCAGAGGAAACGCAUACAAAAAGUCAGACCAACCAAGAUGAAAGAAGACAUAGUGGAGCGCAAUAAAGCCUCUCUGGGUAUGAAUCACAAACAAGGGUCAUAUCUGAAGGCAUAUGAGCAAAGAGGAAGAAAAUCAGAUGAUUCAAAACAGCCCCUACAGUCAGCUGAGGACGAUGCAAGCACUGACAGCCCAGGAAGCCCAGUCAAUGCCCUCAACCUGGAGCUGAUGUGGAUACAAAAAACUCAAAAACUAAAGACGCACAACCAGAGUAAGCACUUGGACAGAGCUAGACCUCCCCACCACCGAACCAAACCCAGAGGUCACCUGAAUCAACUAGUUGAGAAACAGCACUCACAGACUCCCUCUGAAAAACAGUGUCUCAGCCCAUCUGACUCUGGCAGUGGCUCACAUUCCUCAUUCUUAUCAGCUCCAACUGUCAGCCUUAACAUCAACAUCAACACCCUCACCCCAGCCACACUUGCUGAACCUUUUAUCGACCAUGAGCCACCGAAGCAGCUCUAUACACUUUCUCCUUCACCACACUGGAAGAUCAGGAAUGAUGAGCUUAACUCGCACUUUAAAGGGUCCAGUUAUACUUCAUGUCUUCCUGUCCCUACUGGUGGUACUGUGGACCAUGAGAGCAUACAAGUGACCAAUAAGAACAACAUCAGGAGUCCUCCAACACAUCCACCAUUUCAGCAUGGGGAGGAAAGUAGUAAUCCUGCUCAUGCACUCCAAAUUUACACUGGUGUCUAUCCAGUGCUUCCUCCAAUAGGUGUCUCUAACACCAGUGACACUGAACUAUGCAGUGGCAGACCAGAGGAAGCUACAAAUACUAUACACAGGAGCAGCUCAGAGGGGUACCUGGCACAGCUAAUGAAGCAAAAACAAAUAAAUGGCAAAACAACUUAUAAGGCAUACACGCUGAAAGACUACAAGAGCUUAAAUUGGGAUGUAAAGCUCAGAGGUCUCGGACCAUCCAACAUUAUUGCUGAAGAUGUGGCUAAGAAAAUUAGUCAACAGAAGCUGUAUUCAAAUGUGGUCCGUGAGAAUAACAAGAAGAUAAGUAAGAUUCCCACUCUGCCAACCAGGAACCCAGUGGAAAGAGACAACAAGAGCAACAUUCCCAGGAACAAGGCCCUAGAAUAUGCCAAAACUAUUUCAAAACCAAAAGCAUCUCAGCAGCUGAAGGAGAGACCCAAAGACAAAUAUAAGAGUGAGAGAGAGUUUGAGCACUCUGCUGAUCUCCAGUUAAGAGUGGAUUACACCCAGCUCUCUAUUGUAGAGAUGCUGAGGAAACGGCAUGAGCAGGAGAAACUGCUUGUGGCCCGAUUUACCAACAUCAAUGGCGGCUCAUCACACUCUGUCGGCAGCCACUGAACUUAUAAAAAUAAAAGAUUAAACAUAUAUAAUACAUGUAUUUAUUUUUUCUAUAAUAGGUGUGAGUGGACAUGCAAUUUUUCCAGAUUAUAGCAUCAUGCAUUUUGCUUUGGUUGUUAUUUUAUGAAGACACCUGGCCGCACUGAUCCCACCACUGUGCUGAAUUUUUAAGUCACUUCCUGCCCAUUAGUCUGAUUAUUCCUACUUUACCCAUUUCCUUUUCUCUAACUGAGAAAAAAAGAGGGUCAAAAAAAAGAAGAAGCCACUUUGAAGCCUCCUCUGAUUAGAGCCUGUAAACCUGUUGUCUAUAUUUUGAAAGUGAUAAUUCCCUCCCCCUUAAAACAAUCUCGAGCACCUACCCCUUUAAUGGAAGCCUUAGAUCGUUAUCAAAGAGCUAUUUGCUCGCAUGUAAUAUUUUAAUUAGAUUAUAGCCUCUAUUUAACCCAUCAUGUCCGCUUUGAUGCUGUGUUGUUUGCGGCGUCAAGCCUCCGUGCGCGAGCCUCAUAAACGCACAGCCUUUUGAAUUAAUGAGACUUUCCAGACCGACUCUCUUUAGGUUUCUCUCUCUCUCUCUUUCUCUCUCUCUCUUUCUCUCUCUCUCUCUCUCACUCACACACACACGCGCGCACACACACACACAUACACACGCACUCGCACUCUCUUUCGUGCCAUAGAAAUCGGUUAAUUGAAGGAGUCUCUCCCUCUAUCUUUCUCUCUCAUGAAGGAGGUUGCAUUAGCAUCCCCCUCUUUUUUUUUGCUCCCAGGCUUUGAUGUGCGUGCGGCGCCACGGCCUUUGCAAAUGAGCUGAUGAGACCGCCAUUAGAGAGAGCGGCGCUCUAAUCGAACGCUUAAUCUUUUAAUUGAUCACCUUCCGCACGGCCUGCUUUGCUCCGCCAGCUUUUACCAAUUUAUUUAUAUCUUUUAGAAUCCAAACGGCAUUUCAAAUUGUUUUUCGAUGGGUGAAAUAACGCACAUCCCCAUUAAAGCCUUGAAAUGAGUGCGAACUUCCGCCUGUUGCAUUUACUUUCAUUUACUGGUUGGUAUUGAUGGCCAUUUUUAUUUUUAUUUUAAAAUUCAACUUUUGGAUAUGAUUAAAUGUAUUCGAUUUUACUGAUAUUUUUCUGGAGACUUGUGUUGUGUAUAGCUGUCUGUUUCAAAAAGAACAAAAGAAACAAAAAAUCAAUCACUAAUAAGAUAUAUUCUGCUUAGAGGAGUGUAAACUUCUGUACAAGUGGGUGAUGCGCAAUGACUGGCCUUUUGGCCUGCUUAAAGAUUUCAUAUCUAAGACCUGUCGUUUAGUAAAGCAUA